GCUGUGAGUAAACGUCAUACCGAGUGAGGUGUAACAUGGUGCUCAAGGAGGCUGGACGUUGACAAGUUAAUAAGAUAUUUGUUUUCAUAAAAUCUGUGGACCAAAACAGCUGUUCAGAAGGAGGUUAUGACAGCUCUACGGCGUAAAGACAUACUGACAGCAGCACAGUUUACUCUUUCGUCGUCAUUAAUUUGGAGAUGGCACUUCAGACAGCGCCCAUGUGUAAGGAAUGUGGAUGGAGCUGUAAAAGCUGUGCUGAUCAGUCUAAUCUACAUCUUCAUGUUGAAAUUGAAAAUUUAAAACAACGCCUUCUAGAACGAGAGCAUCAUAUAGUUACCAUGGAAACAAACUUUUUAGCUGAGGCAGAAAAGUUUCCAAAUGGAGAGUAUGCCGCUCUUACCGAGGAACUUCUAAUGUGGCAAGAUAAAUAUUCAAGACUGUACGAGUCAUAUAAGCGAGUCCAAAAAGUAAACCAAAAUUUGGAAGAUAAAUUAUUAAGAAUUGUUGAUAAAUGUGAAACAGAGAAAAAUGCUUUAGUUCGUGAAGUUGCUUCAUUAAAUCAACAACUUACGGACGCAAAAGUCAAAGUGAAUUACCUGCAAAAUGAAAAUGAACGUUACAGGAAUGAUGUGAACCUUGCUAUUCAGUUGCUACAGUGUAAACCAAACAAUUUUGUGCCACAAAGAUAUGAUUCUCUUCCAGCAGAUUUACAGCAGAAAGUCCUUUCAUAUAUAUACAUGUGUGGAAGAAGAAGAGCCCCUGACAGUAAUUCAGCUCCUAUUAAAAUGGAAAUGAAGACCAUCAAAGUGCCUAUACCCUCUUCCCCACCAACUUCUAUGGUUUAUUCUGUCAACAAGAAUGCUAGUGAGAGUGAUGACAGCACCGAUGAAGGGACAGAAACAGCACAGCCACCAGUGGACAGCGUUUCUGCAGCAAUAAUGGCAAAGGUUCUGGAAGAACGGCAGCGGGAGCGUCAACAGAUAAGACAUUGUGAAAGUUGUCAGUGCCAUUCACAAAGUGGACGGAUUGUGGAAAAUUAUAUGAAAGGUAGUGAUGCUACUAUUCAGGUUGAUUUUCCAUGCUUGUGGUGUGGGCAGUGUGCGGACUUGGGAAAAACUGUCAUUGAUGCCACCAACAGGGCUAGCCAGGGCCUUGUAAGGUAUGUUGAUGUAAUUGCUACAAGAACUGGUGAAACUGUUAGUCGCAGUAGCCAAGUGAGGCAGAAUGAAAUUGACAGUAGCUAUGCUUCUAAUAAUAGCUCGGGAACUAAUCCUACUAGGUUGGGUAUCAAAAUUGACAGUUCCAGACUGAGUACAUCAACACGCAAGACUGUUAGUAGUGAUGUUACUUGUGUUCCACUUAGUGGAAGUUACAAGAAAAGUAAAUCAACUGAAAGCUUUUACCCUCAAAUCCCAAAAGCUGUGAUUACUGUUGGCAGUUCAGUUCCUGCAGUGAAUGGUUUCACAAGUGAGAAAAAAGAAGAAAGUCGUAAAUCAUCUAGUGAAUUGGACGAAAUGUUGAGAAAUGGUUUUGGUAAUAAACAGACAUCUUCUGUCAACAACAGAAUAAACAACAGUUCUCCUGAACUAAAAUCAGUAGAUUUUUCGAAUAUAGAUGCUAGUGAAAAUUCGAAACAGAAUUGUUAUCAUAAUUAUGUAAAACACAGUGUAAAUAAUAUUAAAGGUGUUCAGAAUUGUACUAUAGAUCUUGAAGUAGUUAGUGAUGGCAAGAGUGAUACAUCUGCUACAGUUAGGACUAAAAGUAAUGGAGAUCUUGUAAAUAGAGCGCAAGUUUGUCAGGUAAGAAACACCUCUGAGAAUUCUGGAACAAAAGUGAAUAGUUGGGAUGGUAAAAGUUACAUAAAUAAUGGUGAACAUAGGAGCAGUUGUUCAGAGGGAACAAGAGAUUUAAAUGAAUGUGAGAAAUUAAUACCAUAUUCCACCUCUGAAAAGUGUGUUAGCCAAGUGCCAUUCCCUGGAAUGGUGAAGCCUACAGAAACCAGCAUAAGUAAGCUCACUUUUCUAAAUUCUUCUAAGCCUAAAGACAAACAUUUAGAUAAUUCUGUGCUUCCAGGACCUCGUUUGUGUUCAAUGCGUAUGCAGCUAGGUUCAAGUAAUAUCUUAUUAGAUAAUGCUACAGCAUAUGAACCUGUAUUGUAUACAGGCAGAUCAUCUCACCAGGAAACCAGUAAAUUGUGGAAUAGCAAUUGCAGCAGGCCUGGAACGGCAGUGCUUGUGCAUUCUCCAAGAUCUCACUCAGUAUCAAGCACAGAAGAGAUAAUACAUAGAAAUGAGGGAACCACCAAUAAAUCAUCUCAGUGGUUACAAGACAAUCCACCAGAAACAGAGAUAUAGUAUAUAUUACAAUGAAGUAAAUAAUAUUAAAUGUAAAACAUUUUAAGAAUGUUUGAAUUAUAUAUGUCAAGUUCCUUGUAUUUUUGAAACUUGAAUUGUGUGUUUGUUAAUAUGAGAUAUACAGUUUUAUUCAUUCAGUAUCAGUUGAUGAAAUCCUGUAUUGCCGCUGAUUUGUAAUUAAAACUUUAGCUCUCGUACUGUAUUUAUUCAUAAUGGAGCAAGACAGGGCAGUGUACAAAGCCAGUUGGUUGCUGGUGUAUCUUAUAGUAGCCAAAUACAAAUUUUAGGAUUGUA